AUGGCAUCUCCUUCUAAUUUAAAAAAAGCUCAACAAUACAUCGAUUCAAAUAAAUUCUUUAUGAUUUCAAAAUCAUGGUGUCCUGAUUGUCAUUAUACUUAUAAAAUUUGGAAUAAAUAUGGUGUUUCAUCAAAAGUUGAAGUUUUAGAAUUAGAUAAAUUACAAGAUCAAAAAGCUGCUAUAGAAUUAGAAAAAGCAUUUACUGAAAUUUCAGGUAGAAAAUGGGUUCCAACUAUUUGGUUUAAUGGUAAAAAAUUUGGUACUGAACAAGAUUUAAAAAGAUUUGAAAGUGAAGAUAAAACUGAACAAAUUUUUAAAAAUGAAGGUUUACUAUGA